CAGUCUGUCGUUUUUUUCCUUUCUUUUUCUACCGUCUCUUUUCAACGGACGUUUAUCCAAACUCUGCUUUUCGCACCAUGGACUCUUUAGAUACGGGUGGAGCUCGUCAAAAGCGUCACAAAGUCAAUCGCGCAUGUUAUACAUGCCGCGUCAAGAAAAUCAAGUGUGAUGGAUUGCAACCUUGUAUGCAGUGUAAAGCUCGUCGAAGACCCUGUUCAUUUUCAAAGGACGGAUCGCUGGAAGAAUCUGACUAUGUGGAGCAGGAAGAUAUUCGGAAUGAUGAUCAACCUUCUCCGCCUACGUCGAAACGAAUGAAGAUCGGUCAUCUGUUUUCGUCCAAGGUCUCUGAUGUCGAAUUACAGGAAAAAGAGAAAGCCAGGUUGAAAGGCUUAACACAGACAUUGGAUCGAUUAAGCAACAUAUGGCCCGGAGAAGAUCAGAAUGGCAAUAGCGCCUGGAUCGACAAUGCUCAUCAAAUUUUCGAUACCCAUACAUAUUACAAUCAAGAACCCCCCCUUCCUAUCCAAUAUCAAGGUUUCGAGUUAUCAGCGGGAUCUAUUCGCCAACAUCUGAUCACACUGUAUUAUCGCCAUCGAUAUGCUUUUUUACCGCUCAUUCCCAAACGGAUUUUAUACGGUGAAAUCGAUCGUCACGGUUCACUUAUCACACCGCUUCUUCUCUACUCUAUUUACGCCCACGCUGCUCAGUUUUCCCACGAUGACGUUAACAAAGCCAAUGAGUUUUUCAAAAAAGCCGAAUCCAUGUUGCCGGAUUUUCUAGACGUCCCUCGUCUCAGUACCAUCAUGAGCUUAUGUUUGCUGUCAUUGUACGAACCGAAUCGCCACACAUGUGCCGAGAACGGAAAGUGUCGCUCCAACGUGUUCAGUUCCAUGGCUUUUCAAAUGUGUUUCGAUAUGGGGCUUCAUCUACGCGUCCCCGCGGGUCAUCGGUUAUCCAGCAACGACAUUGAACUCCGCAAACGCGUGUUCUGGACAUGUUAUUGUCUCGACAAAACCCAGCACAUGUAUCCGUCACAACCGUGGAAACUGCGUAGUCAAGAUAUAGAUGUGGAUUUCCCAAUGUUACAGCCUGAGGACGAUGUGGAAGAGAACGACGUGUUGGAGGCGUUUGUGCAGUUUAUCAAACUGAUGCAACUAAGCGAAAUGGCACUCAACUACGACGUGAUGGCUUCCCCGAAACUGUUGACGCAGACGCGGGAAACUGAGCAAGUUGCUUUGAAUUUCGACAACAAAUUAUUGCAAUGGUUGGGUCAACUUCCGGUGCAUCUCCAGUGGACCCCUUUCCCCGGUAAUACCAAUAUUGUUCCCACGCAACCACCAUCCAGUCCAUUUGUAUGUCACUUGCACCUUGCUUUCAAUGCCGUGGAGUUACAAAUGUUCAAGAUUCGCAACCUUACUGUCAGCAAAACACUACAGCAACGAUGCGCUACUAUUGCCACCAACAUUACCCAACUGAUGUGUCACCUCGUGGAGGACACCAGCCUGAUUCUCUCCUUUUCUUUUGCGGCGCAUGUGCUCGAAGCAGCAUUGGGCAUCCACAUCAUGAAUUGCGCCAGUGAAAAUAUCUCGUUUGCGCGCCAUGCCCGUUUCAUGUUCCAACGUUCGGUUCGAUCCUUGCGCAUCCUGAUACAACAUCGAAAUAUUCCCGGUAUGGAUACGGCUGUUAACAAUAUCGAGCGUAGUCUUUCCGUGCCAACGAACAACACGACAGUGGGACGAUUGUUCUCGCCUGUUGCUCAGCGACCGAAAAGCAGCAUGGCCCCAACGCCUGAUGAAGGAAAGCAACAACAACCGGCAUGGCAAAGGACCAACUAUUACUCUGGUGAUUAUAUGCAGACACCCAACAACACGAGCGGACGCGCUUCCAUGCCACCACCCCGUUCCAUGCCAAUGACUUCAGCGGAGCCCAAUUAUCUGCAAACGGCCGAAGAAAACGCGGCGGAGGUUCUGUCCAACACGUUUCAGUCAUCGAUGAACUCCGUCAAUUGGCGAAAUCAACCAGCCACCAAUAAAAAUCCAUUGGAAUUUCUGGCCACGGACAACUGGACUCCCAAGCAAGACCGCGGGGUCAAGGAUCCGGUGCUGGACCCUAUGUUUUACAGAGAUCGGUUGAUGUUUCCUCAGGACACCAUGAACUCACCAUACGCACAAGAACGCCCACGGAUGGAUGCACGAAAUAACCCUCGAUACAAUGACAUGUGGGGAAACUCAAAUGUCACUGAGCCUCAAAACGAGAACCUUAUUUAUUCACUGUGGCCACAAAACGCGCCAAGCAAAUCGCCUGAUCAAAAGGAAUCUCCAGUCGAGCCUCAGCAGGUCAAUGAACAGGAGCAGGAUCGCGAAGAAACACCGUUUGCACAGUUCCAGCCAUCGUCAGGAUACAUGAACAUCGGUCUUGGUGUUUAUGCUUCUGCUCAUCAACAUCACACUGAUGUUAUUCACCAACAUUUUCCUGGCAUGAAGCCGAAAAAUCCCAGUGUACGUCCCGUCAUGUUAACCCAUCAAGGUCAAGUGGUGGUUGCAGGAUCCGAUGGCGUCUCCAUAUCUGAGGGAGGACGUUAAACGAAGCGCAUUUUCAAUCAUUAUUUUUUUUAUGUAUCCAUUCCUUUCUCUUAUCCUUUUGUAUAUAUCGGUUUGUCCUUAUGCAUUCUCUCUAUCAUCUUGGAGAUAUUGGUUUUCUUUCUUUAUAUUUUUUUUUUUUUUUUUUUCAUUCGAG